CCUUGCAGCACGCGAGUGAAAUACGGUGAAGUGAACGAAAGUGAAGUGGAAAGACGAGUGAAGUGAAACUUUAGCGGGAUUUAGUGAUGUACUGGAGGAAGUGAUUGGGUUUAACCCUAAACAGCGAUGUCAGAGGGACAACGGUGUCUAUACAUCGUUGUGCUCCUCAUACAUACGACCAUCGGCACUGGAGAAGGUCCCACGUCACCCCCCUCGCCUCGGUCCUCAACGUUCAGGAUAGAGGACAAUGAGCUGACGGGGACCUUCCCCCCGUUCGAGGACAUAUUCGGUCAGGUCCCCGAGAAGCAGUUCGCGACUGAGAACAACACAGUAGUGACGUCACAGAUCGGCUCCACCGCACUCAUACCGUGCGUUAUCAGGAACAUCGGAGAUGGAAUCAUAUCAUGGAUAAGAAGAAAAGACUAUCAUCUACUUACAGUAGGCCUGACGACGUACAGUUCAGACCAGAGAUUUCAAGCGAUUCAUCUCCAACAUUCAGAGGACUGGACGCUGAAGGUGAAGUUUGUUCAGAAGCGCGACGCCGGCGUAUACGAGUGUCAGGUAUCGUCGCACCCGCCCACCAGCAUCUUCCUGAGGCUGGAUGUUGUUGAGGCCCGCGCGCAAAUUUCCGGGCCGACGGAGAAAUAUCUGAAGCCGGGGUCGACGCUGCGCCUCCAGUGCUCAGUGGUACAAACAACGGAAGCGCCCGCAUUCGUCUUCUGGUACCACAACAACCGCAUGAUCAACUACGACGCGGAGCGCGGCGUCAACGUGACGACGGACCCCGAGCAACGGCUAUCGGACCUGCUCAUCCCCGUCGCCGGCAUCAACCACGCUGGCAACUACACCUGCGUGCCCAACAACGCCGUGCCCGCCAGCAUAUACGUCCAUAUAUUUAACGGUGAAAACCCGGCGGCGAUGCAGUCAUCCUCGCCUAAGUAUCUACAGUUAAGUUCCGUAACAUACAUCUAUACGCUCACCGCCACCUACCUUAUAAUACGGUGACAAUUAUACUAAAUAGAAUUAUUUUGAGCAACAUGGUGUACCGCUAGUAAGGAGCAAAAUAGCACUUAUCAUCUUAUCGAUAAGGACUAUUAUGCUUUGAACCUUCGGUGCGCCAGCUUGUGCCACCAUCUUCUGCUAGGUAACUGGAAAUAAACUUUGAUUUAUUGCGAUAUGGUCUUAUUUCGCGUCCCGAUCUACUAAAAUAAAAAAUACCUUCA